CUUCCUCUUCCUCUUCCUCCUCGUCGUCAUCAUCAUCUACAGACAUGCCAUUUCUCUCUCUCAUCAUUCCAUAGUUCUCUCUCUCUCUCUCUCUUGGGAAUGGUUCGAGCACUUGCAGAAGAACAACAAGCGUAUUACAUGUCCAGGCUCUUCAAUUUCAGAGGAACGCUGCAUCACGAGAAUGCUGCCGGCCGCCCACCCAACGCCACUGCCGAAUGCCAGCCGUCGAAGACCCCCGCCGACGAGCCUGUGCCGCCGGAGAAGCCCCCCCGGAUUGCCAACGACAAGCCUCCCAAGUCGCCUUUGCCCAAUGAAGGCGGCGGCGGCGGAGACAGCCCUCGAGCUAAAGAUACUAAUAAACCACAAAUGCCUUCAGGCAGGCCUCAAUUCUUAUGCAUCUAUGCAAUUGAUGACAUUGUUGUUGAUCUUCUCUUUAUUUCUGAAGCUUUGGAGGAUUUGUGUUCAGAUAUGGAACUGAUGAAGGACAGGUUUUCAAAAUUGCUGCUGGGGGAGGAUAUGUCUGGUGGAGGGAAGGGGGUUUCAUCUGCCUUGGCAUUGUCCAAUGCCUUUACAAACCUUGCAGCCUCCAUCUUUGGGGAACAAAGGAGGCUAGAGCCUAUGGCGCCAGAGAGGAAGGCGAGGUGGAGAAAGGAAAUCGACUGGCUCCUAUCUGUGACGGAUCACAUAGUUGAAUUAGUUCCUUCUAAUCAAAAAUCCAAAGAUGGAGUAAACAUGGAGGUAAUGACAACAAGGCAGAGGAAUGAUCUCCAUAUGAACAUCCCUGCACUAAGAAAGCUUGAUGCUAUGCUUAUUGAUUGCCUGGACAACUUUAAAGACCAGAAUGAAUUCACUUAUGCGACUAAGGAGGAAGAGUCUGAGAAGGGUAAAAUCGCAAGGAAAGAUGACAAAUGGUGGAUACCUCUACCUAAGGUUCCCCCAAAUGGGUUCUCUGAAGCCACAAGGAAAUGGCUGCAGUUCCAGAAGGAUUCCGUGAACCAAGUGCAAAAAGCAGCCAUGGCUAUCAAUGCCCUGGUUUUGUCAGAAAUGGAUAUCCCUGAAAAUUACAUAGAUUCUCUCCCUAAGAAUGGUCGCGCUAGUCUUGGAGACUUGAUCUAUAGGAGUAUCACAGUUGGUGACUUCUUUGAUCCAGACCAGUUUCUUUCAACGAUGGACUUGUCAUCAGAGCUUAAAAUCCUUGACCUCAAGAAUAGGAUUGAGGCAUCCAUAGUGAUUUGGAAGAGGAAGAUGAUCGCCAAAGAUGGAAAGUCUGCUUGGGGUUCAGCUGUGAGCAUGGAGAAGAGAGAACUAUUUGAGGAAAGGGCAGAGACCAUCCUACUCAUUCUUAAGCAUCGAUUCCCUGGAAUCCCCCAAUCCGCACUGGAGAUCAGCAAAAUCCAAUACAACCGGGAUGUUGGACAGGCAAUUCUGGAGAGCUACUCAAGAAUAUUAGAGAGUUUGGCCUUCACAGUCAUAUCGAGAAUUGAUGAUGUUCUCCAUGCUGAUUCUCUUGCAAGAAAUCCAACACCAGCAGAAGAAACAAAUUGUCCCCUAAGGGAUUCCUCACUAGUCAAAAGAGAAGACAAGGUUCCAAAUGCAAACGAAGAGCUUGAGACGCCGGACUCAGCAGAUGCACAUAAUUCAAUGACGCUUUCGGAUUUCAUGGGUUGGAAUAUGGAAGCAGAGGGUGAAAUGAAGAAGGAUUCGUCGGCAGAUGAAUUGCUCAAAGAAAAUGACGCAAAGUCCCUAAACAAACCGGCUAAUAUUUUGACCAGCAAGAAAUUUUCCUAUUUAGAGAAGCUUGAGAACUUGGGCGGUUUAAGAAGUCCAACAGCACGCCAUUGACCAGAGUUAGUGCAAACCACAAAUCAAUCAAAAGAAGAAAUGGAAAACGAAGAGACAUCAACAUUGCGACACCUACAAAAGAACAUCCUAUGUAGUGAAGCUUAAGAAUUUGGGGGCUCCAAGACGUCUGACAUAGAGCCACUGACCAGGGCCAGUGCAGACAGCAAAUCAAUGGAAGAUAAACAGAGAGAAGCACCAAUAGUGAGAAAGCUUAGAGAUUGAUGUAAAACACCCAGACCCAUUCUGUUUCUAGUUUGAUUGCAUUUGUUGUUUCAUUUUGUAAAUACACCCAAACCUAGUGCCCGUAUUGGGUUUCAAAUUUGAUGUUUUGGAUGUGUUUUUCCCCUGUGCAAGAAGAGAUAACUUUGUUGAUUUGCAGCCAAGGA